CCCAUCCCCGCCCCCUGCCUCCCCAGUCGCGUCGGCGGCUGGACGGGAGCGGAGGGGAGCGAGUCCGUCCGCGCUGCCAGCCCGCCCCGUCCCGUCCUGAGCCGACCCGAGCGGGCAGCGCUGGGGGGGAGCCGCCGCCCCAUGCGCUGAGCGGCGGCGGGAUGGGGCCGCGGGGCACCGGCGGCUGGGCCGGCCGCGCCGGGGCGCCGGCUCCCGGUCGGACGUGCCUCCUGCCGCUGCUGCUGUGCGCCGCGCUCCGGAGCCUGCGGGCCAGCCCCGGCAGCGAGGUGAAUUUACUGGACUCACGUACAGUAAUGGGGGAUCUAGGAUGGAUAGCCUACCCAAAAAAUGGGUGGGAAGAAAUUGGUGAGGUGGAUGAAAACUAUGCUCCGAUACACACAUACCAAGUAUGCAAGGUAAUGGAACAGAAUCAGAACAACUGGCUUCUGACCAGCUGGAUCUCUAAUGAGGGGGCAUCCCGCAUCUUCAUUGAGCUCAAAUUCACCCUGAGGGACUGUAACAGCCUUCCAGGAGGACUUGGGACCUGCAAGGAGACUUUUAACAUGUACUACUUUGAAUCAGAUGAUGAAGAUGGGAGGAACAUCAAAGAAAACCAGUACAUCAAGAUUGAUACCAUUGCUGCUGAUGAGAGCUUCACAGAGUUAGACCUUGGCGACAGAGUGAUGAAGCUCAACACGGAGGUGAGAGACGUUGGGCCCCUGACAAAGAAGGGAUUUUACCUCGCUUUCCAGGACGUGGGUGCCUGCAUUGCCCUGGUCUCCGUGCGUGUGUACUACAAGAAGUGCCCGUCGGUGAUCCGCAACCUGGCCCGCUUCCCUGACACCAUCACGGGUGCGGAUUCCUCGCAGCUCCUGGAGGUGUCAGGUGUCUGCAUCAACCACUCGGUGACUGAGGAGGCACCCAAGAUGCACUGCAGUGCAGAGGGGGAAUGGCUGGUGCCCAUCGGGAAGUGCUUGUGCAAGGCAGGCUAUGAGGAGAAGAACAACACCUGCCAAGUAUGCAGACCUGGGUUCUUCAAAGCUUCACCCCACAGUCCAUCCUGCAGCAAAUGUCCCCCUCACAGCUACACACUUGAUGAAGCAUCCACAUCUUGCCUGUGUGAAGAACACUAUUUUAGGAAGGAAUCAGACCCACCUACAAUGGCCUGUACAAGACCCCCCUCUGCUCCUCGGAGUGCCAUCUCAAAUGUUAACGAGACUAGUGUCUUUCUGGAAUGGAUUCCUCCUGCUGAUACUGGUGGAAGGAAAGAUGUGUCUUAUUAUAUUGCAUGCAAGAAGUGCAGCUCACACUCGGGUCUGUGUGAGGCGUGUGGCGGUCAUGUCAGGUACCUUCCCCAGCAAACCGGCCUGAAAAACACCUCUGUCAUGAUGGUGGAUCUGCUUGCUCAUACAAACUAUACCUUUGAAAUUGAGGCAGUGAAUGGAGUGUCCGACCAGAACCCCGGAGCCCGGCAGUUUGUGUCUGUAAAUGUAACCACAAACCAGGCAGCACCUUCUCCAGUCAGUACUGUGAAAAAAGGGAAGAUAACUAAAAAUAGCAUCUCCCUUUCCUGGCAGGAGCCAGAUCGACCCAAUGGCAUCAUCCUGGAAUACGAAAUCAAAUAUUUUGAAAAGGACCAGGAGACGAGCUACACCAUCAUCAAGUCCAAAGAGACGACGAUUACGGCGGAUGGCUUGAAGCCAGGCUCAGUGUACGUCUUCCAGAUCCGAGCCCGGACAGCUGCCGGCUACGGGGGCUUCAGCCGCAGGUUCGAGUUCGAAACCAGCCCAGUGUCAGUAGCUGCAUCCAGCGACCAAAGCCAGAUUCCUAUAAUUGUUGUGUCUGUAACAGUGGGAGUCAUUCUGCUGGCUGUUGUUAUCGGUUUCCUUCUCAGCGGAAGUUGCUGCGAUCAUGGCUGUGGGUGGGCUUCUUCUCUGCGUGCUGUUGCCUAUCCGAGCCUAACAUGGCGAUGUGGCUAUAGCAAGGCUAAGCAAGAUCCAGAAGAAGAAAAGAUGCAUUUUCAUAAUGGCCACAUUAAGCUGCCUGGAGUGAGGACCUAUGUUGACCCCCACACCUACGAGGACCCUAAUCAAGCUGUCCACGAGUUUGCUAAGGAAAUUGAAGCUUCAUGCAUAACCAUUGAAAGAGUUAUUGGAGCUGGUGAAUUUGGGGAAGUCUGCAGUGGGAGGCUGAAGCUGCAGGGAAAGCGUGAGUUUCCAGUGGCAAUCAAAACCCUGAAGGUGGGAUACACGGAGAAACAGAGGAGAGAUUUCUUGGGAGAAGCAAGCAUCAUGGGGCAGUUUGACCACCCCAACAUCAUCCACCUGGAAGGUGUCGUCACAAAAAGCAAACCAGUAAUGAUAGUGACUGAAUACAUGGAGAAUGGCUCUCUGGAUACAUUUUUAAAGAAGAAUGAUGGGCAGUUCACCGUCAUCCAGCUGGUCGGGAUGCUGCGAGGCAUCGCCUCAGGAAUGAAGUACCUGUCUGACAUGGGUUACGUGCACAGAGAUCUGGCCGCCAGGAAUAUCCUGAUCAACAGCAACUUGGUCUGCAAAGUGUCGGACUUCGGUCUCUCCAGAGUCCUAGAAGAUGACCCUGAAGCAGCAUACACAACCAGGGGAGGGAAGAUCCCCAUUCGAUGGACAGCACCUGAAGCGAUCGCCUUCCGCAAAUUCACAUCUGCCAGCGACGUCUGGAGCUACGGCAUCGUGAUGUGGGAGGUGAUGUCCUACGGCGAGAGGCCUUACUGGGAAAUGACAAACCAAGAUGUGAUUAAAGCUGUGGAGGAAGGCUAUCGCCUGCCAAGUCCCAUGGACUGCCCUGCUGCUCUCUACCAACUAAUGCUGGACUGCUGGCAGAAAGACCGCAACAGCAGGCCCAAGUUUGACGAGAUUGUCAGCAUGUUGGACAAGCUCAUCCGUAACCCCAGCAGCUUGAAGACGUUGGUUAAUGCAUCAAGCAGAGUGUCAAAUCUGUUGGUAGAGCACAGUCCAGUCGGGAGUGGUGCCUACAGGUCCGUGGGUGAGUGGCUGGAAGCCAUCAAAAUGGGCCGAUACACAGAGAUCUUCAUGGAGAAUGGAUACAGUUCAAUGGAUGCAGUGGCUCAGGUGACCCUAGAGGAUGAAUCACCUUGUGAAAAGUGGAGCCUCACCCUCCACCCUCUCUUUCCAACUGGAUAUCAGACUUGAAGGGAACCUUUCCAGUGGACCAGACCUGCUCUUUAAACUUGUGGACCACCUAGUGACUUUGAGUGUGUCUGGAGCUCUUUCAAUCCACUGCAAGAAUAACUUUACCAGGACAAUACUCAACAAUAGAUAGAUCCAUGACAUGAGUUUCAGUCUGACCCUUGACUGGACCACUUACUAACCAUGUGGACUACAUAUUUUCACCUUUUGAAAGAUCUGUACUCACUGAAUCUCAGGACACCCUGUUGUUUGUUAUUAGAUGAAGAGCUCUGAAUAUUUGUAAUAAUAUGUGUUGUGUUGCUUUGCAUUGUAUAUAUUUUUCUUCUAAAAUAAAAUAAAUUAUUUAUUGAAAGUUAUACUGGAUGAAGAACAUUUAAGAGUUCACCUGCUCUAGAUGCUUAUUCUUAACCUGAAAUCUCAGUCCUGGGAUUUUGAUGCUGUGUCUGCUUCUGAACAAAUUCUCAUCUUGUAAUCAAGUGGAAUGGGAAUUAUGAGUAAGAGCAGAUGAACUCUUAAAACAAUUUUUUUUAAGUCCUCAUUUCAUGCAAAUGUCCCUAGCAAGCGGAUUCCUCUCUCUUUAGCAUCGUCUGAAGGUCUUUGAGGUUCUUCUUGUUUCCCCUCAUUCAAACUGACAACUAACUAACUCCAUGAGUAGUCCCAAUCUGCAUGGGCAGCUGUAGCUACACCACGUGCAGAAGAGUGGUGAGAUCUGCCCUGCAUGGGAGAUGAAAUACGAAAUACCUGUGGUAGGCUGACGGCUGCUGACCUCGGAGGUCUUUCAGGACUGUGGCCCUUUUGCUUGCAUGAGUAAACCGGCUGGUGAGGGGGUUGUAUUUUAUGUGGCAAUCCAGUCCUAGUCUACACUGUGUUUGGCAAACUGGUCCAUGGUGUAUAAGUAGUUCUAUUUGUAAAUAAAAUGUUUUAAACCUAUUUCUUACAACAUGGAGACUGUGAAUUCAACCCUUGCAAGUGGAGGCUAUUGCAGGGAAGGGGAGACCAUGUUGUCACUGGCAUGUUCCAGCUGGCAGUGGUAAGAGAGCAGCAUGCAUGCAGCUGUGUACAGGCUGCUUGGGGUGAGCUGACACCAAUUUUCCCCUUUAUUUCCUUGGCUUUUUUGGUCAGCUUAGGUAAGCCUUUUAAUACCUUGUUGACAAGUGAUUCAAAUUCCUGCCUGCUUUAAUUUCCAUUCCUACAUGAAUGAAAGAAGUGAAAAGAUAAACUUCCUCCCGAAAAUAAGAAUAAAAGUUGUCUCAUGGCUGGGGAGGCCAAGUAUUUUGAAGCAGGGAGACCGCCCAGCACAUGGGUGCACGGAUCUCCACUGCAGAGGCACACACAAAACCCAACACCAGGGGUCAGGUCACUUCCACAGCAAGGAGCAGCCUGGAUCCUGAUCGCAGGUGCCCGCGGGUCUCAGUUGUGCCUUUUCCUGCAGGGAAUGCAUAUUUUUAUUGUAAAGCCCCUGUGGGUGUCUGCACACAUCACCUCUGCAGAGCUGAGCCCAGUGAAAUUUCCAUUUGGCUGCAGUAACAGGAGCCAAGCAGCUCUGGACUGGAGCUUAAAGGCAGUUGUUUUUGCAGCACUUCGGCACAGAAGUUGUUGGGGAAUUUUUGUCCCCAGACCAGCUCGUUUGUGCACCCCGUUCUGUUCAAAAUUGUCUUCUGCCUUAUACCACUUUAAGUCCUUUAGCACUGGAUGCAUGGGAGCAUGCAAUGUGCUGUAAGUCAUGCUUGAAACAUCAAAAUUAAAGUUCCUACAUUCUCUAGGAAGUUUUUAGAAGGUUUUGUCGUUGUCCUUGAUAUGUGCAAGGUGGCUUUUGAAUAAACCUGCUGAUUUUUAUACUUGGCAAGCAUCUGGUUCAGGAGCUGUGUCUUCUGGCUCAUCUUUGCUGAGGUGCAAGACCCCACAGUAGUGUUUUUUCCCUCUCUAAGGAGUCCCCCAUGCUUUUGGCUGGUGGCUUCACAUUUGAGAGGAUUUGAUAUUCAAAAAAAAAAAAAGAAAAAAGAGAGACUGAAUCCCCUGGUGAGCAGUUAAUGUAUUGGUUAAUGUACUGAAACCAGAAACUCUUUUUUCUUCUUUCCCUCUUGUAAAUCAAUGAGACGCUCCUCAAGGAUAUUGAGUUAAGGGGAUACUAUAUGGGGAGGAAAAAAGGCUGUGUAGGGAACUGGGUGGGGGGUUUAUUGGACUGAUGGGGCUGUGUGUGAAAGGCCAAGACAUGCAUGCUUUUCUCCGAGUUUGAGGCUGUUUUCUUCCAGCAUAACAUGCGAGAGUGUCAGAAAUUAUACAUCUGUGAAAUACAUGGUACUGGAUUUUCAAAAGAGCUCAGCUUGCACUUUAGAUACCCAGAAAAAAAAAAAAAAAAAGAUGAUUUUUCAAAAAGUGCCAGCAGAGCAGGACUCAGCAGGGGGAAGAUGGAUGUUGUCUCUUUUAAAAAUCAGGUCCUAUACUGUGUUGGUUUCGGGGGUUGGUUUGGUUUUUGUUUUGUUUUGGUUUGUUUUUUUGGUUUUUUUUUUGAUCUCUGGUGUGAACUUCCAACUGUGCUGUGUACAUAAAAUAAAUUGCAUGUAACAAUA